CCUACCCUUAGAGAGAUUCUCUUGAAUACCUCUCCACCGCCAUGGGCUUUACGUGCCUUCAACGCUCAUCUCUCCCAACAUCAUUGCGAAGAGACUCUCCAAUUUAAUCGGGACGCUGAGAACUAUGCUGUCUUCUAUAACCAGCUAGUGGGCGAGAGCCCUACACAGCGUGAUAGGCGUGUAAUAUCAUCAUGGCAAAAGCUGAUACGACUCUAUAUUGCUCCUUGUGGGCCACGACAAGUAAAUAUCUCUCAUAGUGAGCGGGAUCACCUCUUGAAUCUCCCGUGUGGACCUCACCCCCCCAACCCUUCUGAGCUAGAUGAGUCUCGCAAAGUUAUUUGCGACCUCAUGAACGAUUCCCUCCUCGACCCCUUU